AUGGCGUCGAAAACAGAGGCCGUCGCCCACUCAAUCCCCACGCCGCCCUCCAAGGAAGAGGCAAAGAGCUCCAUCGCCUCACAAGUCCGCGCCCUCGCUGCCGGUGGAUUCGGUGGACUUUGCGCCGUCGUCGUGGGCCACCCCUUUGACCUGGUCAAGGUCCGUCUCCAGACUGCGGAGAAGGGCGUCUACAACGGUGCCAUUGAUGUGGUGAAGAAGAGCAUCGCGAGGGAUGGCCUGAGGCGGGGAUUGUAUGCCGGCGUCAGUGCGCCGCUAGUCGGUGUCACGCCCAUGUUCGCCGUCUCGUUCUGGGGGUACGACCUCGGCAAGCAGAUCGUUUCCGCUACAUCCACCGUCUCCCCCGAGGGAUUCACCAUUGCCCAGACGUCCGCGGCCGGCUUCUUCUCCGCCAUUCCCAUGACAGCCAUCACCGCGCCCUUUGAGCGCGUCAAGGUCAUCCUACAGGUGCAGGGCCAGAAGCAGCUCGCCCCCGGGGAGAAGCCGAAAUACAAUGGCGGCGUCGACGUCGUCCGUCAGCUGUACAAGGAGGGUGGUAUCCGCAGCGUGUUCAGGGGCAGCGUCGCAACCCUGGCGCGUGACGGCCCCGGCAGUGCUGCGUACUUUGCAGCGUACGAGUACAUCAAGCGCAGAAUGAGUCCCAAGGACCCCGUGACGGGCAAGCCGACGGGGGAUCUGAGCUUGAUGGCCGUGACGUGUGCCGGUGCGGCUGCCGGUGUGGCCAUGUGGAUUCCCGUGUUCCCCGUCGACACGGUCAAGUCGAGAUUGCAGACAGCGGAGGGCAAUGUCACAUUGGGCGGUGUGGUGCGCGAGCUCUACGGCAAGGGUGGUUUGAAGGCCUUCUUCCCUGGAUUCGGGCCAGCGCUGACCCGAGCUGUUCCCGCAAACGCUGCGACUUUCUUGGGCGUGGAGCUGGCGCACAAGGCGAUGAACAAGACGUUUGGCACAUUGAAUUUGUAG